AUGGCUGCUGUGAGCGGGUCAUCGAGCGGCACCCGCGCGCGCUGGUGGUCCGGCGGCGGCGCGGAGUGGGCGGCGCUGCUGCAGGAGGCGGUGUGGUGGGGCGGCGCGCCGGGCUCGGGCGCGCGCGAGCUGCAGCCGCGCCUGCUGCGCCGCCUCUACCGCGCCAGCCCGCAGGCGCUGCAGGCGCUCACGCCGCAGGAGCCCGGCGCCAGCAGGCAGACGAUAUGCGACAUCCACUACCAGCUGACGUUCGUGGAGCAGACAGAAAGCGAUGAGGAGGUCCGCAUCGCGUGCCGCUCGGCGCAGGCGGCGCUGUUCAACGCGCAGCUGGCCCAGCUGGAGGAGCGCCUGGCCGACGCCGCGCCGCACAACAAGUACGCCACCUACUUCAGCACGGUGCUGUCAUCGGCGAUGUCGGUGGGCGGCGAGGCGCGCGUGGACCGCGCGGAGCUGGCGGCGCGGCACGUGGCGACGGUGACGCGGGCGCUGGCCUUCCUGCAGUCGCACUCGCCGCGCGACCCGCUGCCGCCCGCCCACGCGGCCCUCUACGACCGCCUGCUCGCCACGCUGCUCAUAGGUAGCGUACUAUCUCGGCCCUUUAACACCGGGUCAUCGAGCGGCACCCGCGCGCGCUGGUGGUCCGGCGGCGGCGCGGAGUGGGCGGCGCUGCUGCAGGAGGCGGUGUGGUGGGGCGGCGCGCCGGGCUCGGGCGCGCGCGAGCUGCAGCCGCGCCUGCUGCGCCGCCUCUACCGCGCCAGCCCGCAGGCGCUGCAGGCGCUCACGCCGCAGGAGCCCGGCGCCAGCAGGCAGGAGGCGGUGUGGUGGGGCGGCGCGCCGGGCUCGGGCGCGCGCGAGCUGCAGCCGCGCCUGCUGCGCCGCCUCUACCGCGCCAGCCCGCAGGCGCUGCAGGCGCUCACGCCGCAGGAGCCCGGCGCCAGCAGGCAGGAGGCGGUGUGGUGGGGCGGCGCGCCGGGCUCGGGCGCGCGCGAGCUGCAGCCGCGCCUGCUGCGCCGCCUCUACCGCGCCAGCCCGCAGGCGCUGCAGGCGCUCACGCCGCAGGAGCCCGGCGCCAGCAGGCAGCUGGCGGUGUACCUGCUGUUGAUCCUGCAGAACCAGCACCUGCAAGCGGAGGCGGGCACGCCGGGCGUGGAGCUGGCCAUCACGGACUGGGCGCGCGGCUGGGCGGUGAGCACGCAGGCGGCGCUGCCGGCGCGCCUCAGCAGCGACUCGCUGGCGGCCGAGGGCGCGGCGCUGCUGGCGCGCGACCUGGCGCGCUGGGCCGCCGCGCGCGCCCGCCAGCAACCCGCCAUCGCCAGGGCGGUGUUCCGCAAGCAGGCAGUAUGCGCGCGGCUGGCGGAGGGCGCGAUGGCGGUGACGCGCGCGGCGGUGGAGGCGCAGAACGCCGAGCGCAAGGGCUUCAUGCAGCACCUGCGCCGGCGCCACGCCGCGCGCCACGCCGCCGCCACGCGCUGGGCGCGCCUCGUGCGCGACUACACGCACGACCGGGCGGUGUUCCACGAGCCGCGCAGCUGGCCGGCGUCGUGGCAGCUGGACCCGACGGAGGGCCCGGGCCGCGUGCGCGUGCGCCUGCGCCGCGCGCACCUGCGCAUCCACAAGCGCUUCCUGCAGCCGGCGCAGCAGUACAAGCCGGAUCUUGCCAAGCGACCGCCACCGCUGCGUAGCGUGCUGGGCCGCAGCGCGACGGAGCGCGACGGGCUGGCGGCGCGGCUGCAGCUCAACGAGUGCGUGGCGUGCAUGGCGCGCGUCACGCACGUCACGCACGACAGCGAGACCUGCGGCGAGCUGCUGCUCACGGACAGAUCCAUCCACUUCGUGCCCGAAGACAGCGGCUCGGACGACGAGAGCUGGGAGCCGUGGGCGCCGGGCCGCGCGCAGUGCUGGGCGCUGGGCAGCGUGACGGCGGUGGGCACGCGGCGCUGGUGCCUGCAGGAGCGCGCCGUCGAGCUGUUCCUGGCCUCCGGGCACGCGCAGCUGCUGGCCUUCGACUCGGAGGCUGAGCGCGCCAACUUCCUCAAGGCGCUCAAGAACUGCCACUUGCCGAACAAACAAGAAGAAGACACGCUAGCUGAAGCCAUGAACCAGUGGCGCAACGGCAGCAUCACCAACUGGGAGUACCUCAUGCGGCUCAACGGGCUCGCCGGCCGCUCCUACAACGACCUCAUGCAGUACCCCGUCUUACCCUUCGUGCUGGCCGACUACACCAGCCGAGUGUUAGACCUGACGGCGCCGGAGACCUUCCGAGACCUCACCAAGCCUAUGGCUGUGCAGCGCAAGAGUCGGGAGCAACACUAUAUCAACACCUACAAUGACCUGAAGGCGGCACGGCGCGAGGGCUGCAGCCCCGUGGUAGCGCGGCAGCCUCACCACUAUGCGUCGCUGUACAGCAACUCGGGCGGCGUGCUGCACUACCUCGUGCGCCUGCCGCCCUUCACGGAGCUGUUCCUCAACUACCAAGACAACAACUUCGACAUGCCGGACCGCACGUUCCACUCGCUGGCCACGACGUGGCGGCUCAUCACCAACGACUCGCCCACCGACGUCAAGGAGCUCAUCCCCGAGCUCUUCUACCUGCCCGAGCUGUUCCACAAUAACGAAGGGCUGGAGCUGGGCGUGCGGCAGUGCGGGCUGGGCGUGGACGACGUGGAGGUGCCGGCGUGGGCGGCCGAGGCGCGCGCCUUCGUGCUGCUGCACCGGCAGGCGCUGGAGGCGCCGCACGUCACCGAGCGCCUGCCGCACUGGCUCGACCUCGUGCUCGGCUACAAGCAGACCGGCCAGGCCGCCGUCGACGCGCUCAACGUGUUCCCCGCCUGCACGUACUACGGCUUCGACCCGGCGGCGCUGGAGGACGAGGUGGACCGCACGGCGGCGGCGGCCAUGGUGCGCACGUACGGGCAGGCGCCGCGCCAGCUGCUGCGCCAGCCGCACCCGCACGCCGCGCACGAGCUCACGCGCGCCGCGCCGCACCGGCAGCUGGAGGCAUGGGGCGGGGCCAUCGGCGUGCGCUGGGGCCGCUACUGCGGCUCGCCCGAGCUGCCCGACCCAGUCGUGGUGGCCCGACGCGCGGGCGCCGCGAGCGUGGUGCCGCUGCCCGCGCCGCGCCUCGCUGCCGCCUUGCCGCAAGCCACUGCGCUGCUGGCGCUGCCGGGCGACGCGUCGUCGAACAGUGCAGGCGGCGGCGCGUGGGGCGUGGUGUCGUGGGGCCACUGGGACGGCAUCGUGCGCCUGCGCCAGCGCCGCGACGCGCCGCCCGACCUGCUGCUGCAGGUGCCGCCGCUCGACCAGAUAACCCUGAUGACGUCGUCCACGAGCGCGUCGUGCCCUGUGAUCGUGGGCUACGCGUCGGGGCGCGUGGAGGCGUGGCGCGUGAGUGUGGUGCGCGGCGCGCCGCCCCGCCUGCGCGCGCGGGCCUUGCUAGCGCACCGCGCGCCGCUCGCCGCCGCCCACGCCUGCCCGCCCGCUGCCACCCUCGCCACUGCUGACACACAUGGAGUUAUACUGCUGUGGGACCUGGCCGAAUUGACUUACAUCCGCACGCUUCCGAACCGGGACAUGCUGCCGGUGACGCACCUGGCGAUAAGCCCCACGUUGUCCGACGUGGCGUCAGUACACGACACGGCUCGCUCCCCGGACAGUCCGGACGCGCGCGAGCAGCCGCCCGGACAGGACGGCGACGCUGACUCCUACGAGAGGGACGCCACCGACAAGUACCAGUCGCUCAUCAGAGUGCAUACGGUCAAUGGGCGGUUCGUCGGCAGCGUGCGCGUGACGGAGCGCGUGACGUGCGUGUGCUACUCGGCGGCGGCGGAGGGCGCCAGCGUGAACGUGGUGGCGGCCGGGCUGGCGGGCGGCGGCGCGGCGCUGUACUCCUCCUGGGACCUGCGGCCCGUCGCGCGCCUGCCGCCCGCGCUCGCCGGGCCCGCGCGGCCCACGCCGCUCUGCAGCCUGGCGUACAGCAGCGACAGCAUGGCGCUGUUCGGCUGCUACGCGGACGGCUGGGCCGUGGCGUGGGAGGCGGGCGGCGCGGGCGCGGGCCGCUCGGCGCGCCUGCUGCCGGCGCACGCGCUCCUGUGACGUCACCA